AUGCAUAAGCAGCCACAAGAUGACAUAUGGCGACCUGAUGCUGCGUUGCAGAAUGCAUUCAAAAAGUUUAAAGCACUUGGGUCUUCAUAUCUGAAAGUGUAUAUCUCUUCUUCCGGCAUUGUGGAAUGGUAUCCUUUUCAGAUUCUUGAGUCUACCUGUGACGUUGACAUUACGUAUUUCCCGUUCGACGUACAGGAAUGCCCCAUAAAGAUCACAGCCUGGAGCUUCUCCGAAAACGACGUGAAGAUCCUCAAGGAAAAGGAUCAGAUAGGUCAACGCGAGUACGAGGAAAACGCUAUGUGGACUCUGAUUGGUUCUUCCGUUGAACAAGAAAAGACAGGGGAUUCUUCAAUUAUCUUCAAAAUAAAAAUGAAGGGAAAGCCGAGCCACUUCGUCAUUAAUAUAAUUAUCCCUCUUUUGCUUCUUUCGUUCUUGGCAAUUCUCACGUUCGUGCUGCCUAUCUCGUCGGGAGAGCGUGCCUCGUACGCAGUCACCAUUUUUCUGUCAAUAGCAGUUUUUCUGACUAUUGUUUCGUCCGAACUACCGAGUAGUUCUGAUAAUGUUCCAAUACUUUCGAUAUUCCUGGCAAUCUUGUGUGUUGAUACUACUGCUAUUGUUGUUGUAUCAUUGUUUCAACUGAGACUUCUCACAAGAGAUGAAAUCGACCAGCCUGUCGGCGGAUGUUUCAAGGUCAUAUACAACAUUACCAUGGCAAUACGGUGCAAAAUGGGAGGAAGAAAAAGAAAGCACAGUUUCAACAUAGAAAGCAAGGGAGUUGACGUAAAGGCCAACAGCAUAUCAUGGAAAGAAGUUGUUAAUGCUCUUGAUUAUCUGUUAUUCUGGUUUUUUCUCCUCUUUACUGUGGCUGUCACUACAUACUAUUUUGUUGUCUGUACUACGAACCUACCAGCGGAACAAAACUCGCAAUAAUUUAAAACUUAAUUAUAUAUGGUUGUUCAGGCAUCGAAAUGUUGUACCGAUUUCGAUUUGAGAAUGGUUUAACGUACUCGUUAUACUUACUGUAUGCCACAGGAUAAUAAGCUAACUUAUGUAAGUUCAUAACAAGAAAAUAUUCAAUACAAAAUAAUGCCUUAUAUAAUAAUUUCUUGAAAAUAGAAAACCGUUUUAGCCGAUGCUAGAUGACAUUCGCAGUUUUGAAUCUUUUAUUUUUGUCAAACAACAUCUCCACCUAAACCGAAACUGCUUUUUUCAGUCUUGGAUAUAGUUUCGACGACCGAAGGACCUCACUUUUAAACUGUGUUCAUAGCAUUCCUUUCUCUUGAUAUACCAACAAGACAAAUGUGAAAAAUACAAUCAAAUGUUGGAUAUGGAUCAAGCAAGGGUCGAUAUUAACUAUAUUUCCAAAUGAUCAUGAGAGGGCUCGAGCAGUUGAAAUUGUGUGUUUAUCAAUGAAGUCAGUUGUUCUUUAGAAUAUCAAUUCUAGUGUAUGCGGAUUUGCUUUCAUUAAAAAUGAAAUCAAUUUAAGCUACGAUUAAUUCCUAACGGGCAUUCGAUAAUGAAAAGCAAUGGUGUGCACUGACGUCAAGCGGAUGAAAGUUGGUUCAUGACGUAAGCUUAAACGAAAUAGUAUUGAAACAUGUUUGGGAACCCAUGUGCUUGCAAUUGUCUAACACAGAGACUAGUUUUAUCAAUUUGAUACUUCAACUAACGUAGAAAGAAAAUAGACGAGAAAACUUGGACAAAUAAAGUGUUGCGCAAUGAAAUCGUGGACAGAUGUAUCUUUGGUUUACAUGAGUUUUUUCCCCUUAUUUUCAUUCUCUCUCCCUCUCUGCAUAUAUACUAUUUUAUAUUCUCACCACAAUAUUAAUAGCU